AUGCCGUUUUCAUUAACAAGUGAUGGACGUUCGUUAAGUAGUCUGUUCAAUUCCCCGGAGCAAAAUUUCGACGGUUUACUGAUCGAAAAACAAAACUUGUUAUGUAUUUUCAAAUUGGUUAUGAAAGAUUUAUUGAAUUCAAGUUUACGACAUGAACGUUUACUUGAAAAAGAAUAUUUUCCUCUGAAGCAUUUCUUUAUCGUCUUCGAACACAUCCUUUUACAUGGUUAUACCGGUAAAAAGUCGUUCCCACUCACAUCAGCAGCCAAUCGACGAGAUCUUUGGCCGCUAAUUGAACUCAUCUCGAAGAAAUCAAGCAAUACAGAUGUUUUGGAAAUUUCUCUAUCAUCGAAAGAGAUGACCAACAUUCGCACAUCCCUGGGUCGCGUACGCGCAUGGUUACGUUUAGCUUUGAUGCAGAAACGUCUAGCUGACUAUUUUAAAAUUCUUGUUGAACAAAAACAAGAACUAAAAGAUCUUUACGAAUCUCACGCAUUGUUACUCUCAGAUGAAAUCUCCAUCAUUACUGGUUUAUUAGUUGGUUUAAAUGUGUUGGAUCUCAACUUUUGUUUAAAAGAAGCAUCACUUGAUCAGCCAAGCGAAACAACGAUUUAUUACAGUCUGUAUUUACGUGAAAGACGUAUUCCAUCUCAACCAACAUUGAAUAAUACUCAUCCUCCAGGUGCUAUUGAAGAUCAAAUCGAUGAAUUAGAUGACUAUUCAUCUUUAUCAUCGUCACCAUUAACACGAACAAGCACGCAGAAUUCUGAUACGGUGAUUAUUUGCAAUACGAACGAUGUGUCAACAUUUGAUGAUCAACGCAUUUCGAAUAUAAUUGAUCAAAAGAAUUAUAUCGAAGAACUUCAUCGUAAUCUACAGAAAACAGUGAGUAGCUUGCAAGAACGUUUACAAACAGUUGAACAAACCAACAGAUCUUUAAUUGAAGAUGGGAUAGUACAAAAAUUUCGAAUUGAACAGUUAGAAACUGAUUUAAGCAAAGCCAAGACGGAAAAAGAGCAAAUUCAAGCAUUUUAUCAAGUGAAAAUCGAAGCACUCAAUGCAGAUAUGGCAGUUGAACGUGAAACAUAUCAGAACUCUCGUACUGGCCUGGAUCUUCUUUACAAUGAAUUGCAAAAGAAAUACAAUGAUGAAUGUUUAUCAAAGCUCGAUAUUGAAAAUGAGUAUCAAUUGCAAUUAUCGCAGAAAAAUGAUUUCAUCGAAGCAACGAAACUCAUGGAAAAAGACAUGGACUUCAAAACGACAAUGUAUACUCAUAUGAAAGAGCAAAUUGACGGUAUCAAAGAUGAAAAUAUUCGACUUUCUGAGAAAUUACAAAUUGAAAGUAAUCGAAAUGAGGAGUAUGAACAUCAAACGCAAGCUUUGGAAAAAGAAAAUCAAAUGUUACGACAGACAAUUAGCCAAUUAGAAACAAAUAUCGAAGAGAUUAACAGAGAAAAACAUGCACUCAACGACACCAAUGAAUCUUUGAGUCGGGAACUGGCUAAAAUCGAUGCUGAAAAAACAUCGAUCGAAACUGAUCUACGUGUCGAGAAAGACUUUCGUCAACGUCUUCAACAAACGUUGACAAGUGAAAAAGAGAAAGUUUCUUCACUACAAUUCGAUGUUCACGAACUGAAUCUAAUCAAACAAGAAUAUGAUUCGUAUAAAAAAGAAAUGACGAAGCAACACAACGAUCUACAAAAGAAGUUUCAAGAACAAGAAGAGACGAUAAGAGAACUGGCAUUGAAAUUGGAGGUAUCCAUCAAACGAGAAGAUGAAUUUCGAGAAAAAGACGGUUUACGAUUAUCUACGUGGAUGAAAGACGAAGAUGUCAAAGACUGUUGUCAAUGUAAAAAAGAAUUCAGUUCACUUCGACGAAAACAUCAUUGUCGAAAUUGUGGUCAAAUCUUUUGCGAAGCAUGUGCAGGGACAAAAUUACCUUUACCUAGCUCGAACAAACCGGUUCGUGUGUGCGAUACGUGUCGUAAUCAUUUAUUAGCACAAUGUGCAGUCAAUAGUCUAUGA